GACAGCUGACAUCGUGUAGCGGAAAAAUAACCACUGACAACCACGUGCUUGUGUUGUGUUUUGUGUCAUAUUCUUGGACUAAAGAUCAGUGAUAUUCUACUGUAAACAACUAUCAACAUGCUUCAAGAUUAUCUUUUGAAGCACCACGCGAAAGACUUGGAAGAUGUAUUAAAUGCUACAGAAGAUCAUUUAUUCUAUUCAAUAUACGUAAAUUUCGUGUCAUUAUUUGAAACUGAUACAGAGAAUGCACAGAAAAUCUUACGCAAUCCUAGACACUAUUUACCACUGUGUAACGAGGCGGCAGUAAAGGCUCAGGAACAAUUAUGUAAAACUGAACAAACAGUGAAGACGAGGGUUCACAUUCGAAUUACUGCAGUUCCAAUAAAAAUCGAUGUAGGUCAAAUUGGUGAGCUAGUUUCGACAUCCGGAAUUGUGGUACGCAUGUCUCAGCCCACGGUUAUGAAAAUGAAAAAACGUUUUAUUUGUAAAAAAUGCAAACAUAUUAAUCUUGUCAAAUUAGAAUGGGAAAGACAAAUGUUUAGAAAUAUCAAACAGUGUCAAUCAUGUCGUUCUGAAAGCUUAACAGCUUCAACAUCUUUAGAACAGGAUGAUUGUUCUGAUUAUCAAGAAAUAAAGAUUCAGGACAAAUGUAAAACAGAUACAAGGAGUUGCUAUUCAGUGGGUCUGCAAGUAAUUUUGUUGGAUGAUCUUAUUGACAAAUGUAAACCUGGAGAUAAUGUAGAUGUCAGUGGAGUAGUUAUACGAAAAUGGGAUAAAUUGAAAGUUGGCCAUCGCGCGGAAGCUACGACAUUCCUGAUGGCAAAUAGCAUUUCCGUACGCAGGAAAGUCACGGAAUCAUCAUUCUCUACAGCAGAAAUGAAAGAUACUUUUACAGCGUAUUGGGAACAUCAUCGGGAUAAUCCAUUGUCUGGCAGGGACAAUAUUCUCGCCUCCAUUUGUCCACAAUUAUAUGGGAUGUACAUUGCGAAAUUAGCGUUGGCCGUUGUCAUGUGCGGUGGUGUGGCGAAAACUAAUGAAACGGGAUCACGUAUAAGAGGCGAUCCUCAUCUUCUUCUGGUCGGAGAUCCCGGCACCGGGAAAUCGCAAUUGCUUCGUGUUGCUUCUCAUCUGACUACACGAUCUGUCUUUACAACCGGCGUUGGGAGUACUGCCGCUGGACUUACAGCAGCUGCUGUCAAAGAUUCGGACGGCUGGCAUUUGGAAGCCGGUGCUUUAGUGCUCGCGGACGGAGGUGUGUGCUGCGUGGACGAGUUCACGACAAUGAGUUCGCACGACAGGACCUCCGUGCACGAAGCAAUGGAACAGCAAACAAUCUCCAUCGCCAAAGCCGGCAUGGUGAGCACAUUGAACAGCCGCUGCUCCGUCAUUGCGGCCAUCAACCCGGACGGUGGAUGUUUUAUGGGCGACGAGUGGAAGACCUGCUUAGGAAAUCCUCUCUUGUCGCGCUUCGAUCUGAUCCUUCUCCUGAGAGAUACUAGAAAUCCCGAAUGGGAUAAAAUGACGUCGAGUCACAUUUUGAAAGCUGCCUGCGAAGACGAAGAAAACAAUUCAUAUUCCGAAAUGUAUAUGGGUCCUUUGAAUUUAGAAGGCUUGUGGUCGGAAGAGACUCUGUGCGAAUAUUUCGCACAUGUGCGUAUGUUGAAACCAGCGCUAACCGAAGAGGCGAAGAAGAUACUCAGUGCAACUUAUCUUCAUCACAGAUCAGACCCGAAUAGAAGGCCCGAGAGAACAACAGUGCGGCUCAUAGAUAGUCUUAUCAGAUUAGCUGAGGGCCACGCAAAACUUAUGUACCGAAAUAAAGUAGAAGUCAUUGAUGCUGUGACCGCAGCAGAAUUGGUUGGAACCACACUAGUUAACAGUUCUGAUGCCGGUUGUCCAUUUCCAACAGAUCCAGUAGCAACAUACCAUUUAAAAGCAAAAGACUUAUUUAAAAGACUCAAUUUACAAGAAUUGGAAGCAUACAUAUAAAUAUUAAUUUGCCAAUGUAUUUUAUAAUCGAGAUUUAAAAUCAGUUCAUUUUUAAUUUAAUAUCUUCACGAUAAAUAUUUAUUAAACAUGAUAAUCUUCAUAAAAACUUCACAUUUGAUUUUCCACAGAAAAUUUCAUAUUCAUACGAUUAUAUCUGUAAAGAUUAUUUUAAAAAAUUUAGUUUUGUAUAUUUAUGUAUGUUUAUUAAUCAUUAUAAUAUGUGAAUACAAAUAAACCAUAGCAUAUUUCAGUUUCAACAAAUAACAUUUUUAACGCUUUGAAUGAAAAAAAAUUAUAAAAUAUUUUACAAAUUUAUGUAUUUCUCGUAAAAUCCAACUUCCUUGUCAUUAACAGAUUCUACGUUUUUAAUAAAAACUAGAGCUGUUUAAGAAACAACAGUCAUAAUAAAAUGAUUUAACAUUGCAUAAAAACAGGAAUGUAUAGGGUUUUACAAGGUUUAUAAGAAAGUUAUGUUUUGUGAAUAUUAAGUAAAUUAGCGUUUAUGUUAACAUUCAACAAAUAUGAAUCAAAUUAUAUUCUAUAAUUCGAAUCUUGCAGUUAUUUAAGACUUGGAAUAAAUUUAAUUACUUUCAUAACUUAUAAUAUGAUCACAUUGUCAUGAGACUGUGCCACUAAAUAUGAAAGCUAGUAAAUAUAAGCAAUUAUGUAGUAAUAAAAUCAUAAUGAUAUAUGAUUGAUAUGAUUAAGAUCAGGGGCUCACUCAUAUCAUUGUAACCUAAGUUUGAAGAUCUCAUAAAUAAACGUACAUGAUAAACGGUAA